AUGUCUCGGAACACUGAGAUGCCUGUCCCCAAGGUCAUAUUGCACGAUGCAUCGCGGCACAGUCGCAUUGGCUUUGAGUGGAUCCUUACGAGCAAGCUGCCGGGCGAGGCUUGGGCGACGCGCUGGCAGUCGAUGGCCUAUGCAACCAAGGAGCAGCUGGCGAAGAGAUUUUGUUGCUAUUCGUUGCACGUCUUCAGGAAGCAGUGUCGAGUCAUCGGUAACAUCCAUUCCUCUACGGCGUCAGCGGAAGGAGUGCGCAUCGUGCCAAUGCACUUCUUCUGGGACAGCCGCAUCCACGAGGACGUACCCCGCGGCCCGUUCAAGACGACCCGCGACCGGAUGAAAGCGCGCCUGAUGCUGAGCAGCCGAGAACGCCAUGGCAAGAUUGCAAGAUAUUCUGCGCAGAGCGAGAUGGAUAGCGACGAUGAGGAGGACUUGGAAGACGCCGAGCAGACUCUGGACAGCAUCAAGAAGCUUCAGCCUCUCUAUUGGACGUUGUAUUUCCGCCCGCAGAGGACCCCAAGCCUGAAGCGACCAUGGUGUUCCACGACGACCGCUCCUUGCAUAACAUACUCGUGGAUAGCGACGGAAAUUUGA